UUGAAACCAAUCUCAAGUCCUCUUUUACUUUCCUUUCAGCAGAUCUCAUUAUUGCUAAUUUAAGUAUCAGAGUGUCUAUUCAGAGGACCCACCUCAAGCUUUGCAGGAACAUGCUUACGGGAACCAACGCCUUUGCAUUUUAUUAUCUUCCUAUCUUCAUCUUUUUGAACUUGUUUCUUUUGCACGGCUAUGCUGCCACUUGUAAUAUAACUUCAUCCAAUCCAUUAUCACAAAAUGAAAUCCUUAUCUCCCCUGCCCAUGUUUUUGAGUUAGGCUUCUCUCGUCCUCACAAUUCCACUAAUCAGUAUGUUGGUAUAUUGUAUAAAAAUAUUGCUCCUCGCACAGUUGUUUGGGUGGCCAACAGAGGGAAUCCAGUUAUUGAUUCACUGGCAAGUCUAAAGAUUGGUAGUGAUGGAAAUCUGAAGCUAGUAGAUGGGAAUGAAGUAACUCUCUGGUCAAGCAAUGUUUCUGUCCGAUCUAAUAGAUCAGUGGCUGUCCUUUUGGAUAAUGGGAAAUUCGUUCUACAGGAUGGUUUAUCUGGACAGUGGUUAUGGCGAAGCUUUGAAAACCCAGGUAAUACUUUAUUACCUGGUGCAGGUCUGGGAUAUAAUCUUGAAACAGGGUGUCUGCUGUGGAGUGAAGAGCUUAUAGAUAUGCAAGAGUUCUCCAGUGGUGGGGAAGAACUUUUCAUUCGUCUUGCAUCCUCUGAAUUAGCUCAUGGGAAGCUAAGAGUAGAUGUCAUUAUCAGCCUCACAACCGUUUCUUGUAUCAUCAUUUUGGGUGCCUUAGUGUAUGGUUUAUGCUGGCAGAGAUAAAAAAAAAUAGGUAAGAAACUGAUCUUGAAUCUUGAUACUUGAACUUAUUUGGGUGGACAGUUUCAUUUCAGCUUAUUCUUCCCAACUAUUAGUUAAUUUUAUGGUUGACAUCUACUUUCUUCCAAUUUUUUGGUGUGUAUAAAUGAAAAUUUUACUCAGUU